CGUAGUGUUGUUACUGCAAUUACUUCCCCGUCGUGCCCCCGGCUUUGCCCCGACCGAGAAGGAGAAAUUUCUGCUCGCGCGUGCCCGGCCCGAUCUAGAGGUGUCGGCGAUCGAUUCUCGGGGCGGGUCCUCGCUGUGGCUUUGAAUCGUUGACCGGACCGAUGAUUCCCACUUCCUUUUCAAUGGCUGGCCUGGCCUGACUGCCUGCCUGCCUGCCUGCCUUGACAAGCGAGAUGGGACGUGCUGCAUUGAUACCGUGGGAUGCUACCCCGAUUGAUGAUGGCGAUGAUGGUGUAGACCGAUGCGUAGCUUCCCCUGCUUGGCUCUGCUCGUCUUAUCUCUGACCCGGGGCCCGGAGGAAUCUCCUGGUGGCGAUGGACACUUUCUGACGAAUGGGGACUCUUUCGAGAGGGAUUUCAUCGAGAUGCUGCGUUUCUGAGUCGUGCCACGAUCGCUGGAUUUGGAAUUCGAGCAUGAUUGGGAAACUUUGUCGAUGGAUUUGGGAGGGAAAUUGUGGUUUUGAAUCGGAAGCCGCUGCUUUGGAGAUGCUUCGUUCGGGGGGUUGACGGACGAUCUCGGAAUGAUUCGAGGCUUUUCUGAGAAAUUUCAUCGAUGAUUUGGUCGUGUGGGAUCUGAAGUUGAGUUUUGUGGGUGGAAAGAUCGAUCAGGUCCCUAGGAAAAGAAUCAUUUGCUGCUGUACUUCUUUCGAUGUGGUCAGGUUUGGUCGGAGACGAUCAAUUUCAGUGAUUGGAUUCGCCGAGCAGACGUCUCAAUUACCUUCAGUAACUGGCUACUUCGAGGAUGAGAGUUGCAGACAUGGGAAUUCAGUUUAUCGCAGUAGGGUCACAAUCGCCGACUAUGUUUCAGCUCAAUGUUGUAGAUUUUGGCCGGUGAUGCCACUUUGUUCGAGAACGAACGAACUGAAUUGUUCUAUCACUACUGCAUAGCGGAGUUUUUAUAAUAUUUGGAUUCAAAGCUUCACGAGGUAACGGGUGAUUUUGCCUGCUCAAGUGCUUCUGACGCGAAUCGAUUAUAAGUCUGUGGUCAUAGCACU